AUGCUGGAACUGUACAGACGCACAGUAACGAAAUUUCCACUGGGCAGCGUUAGUUAUAUAUUUGCCUAUGGAUCUGGCGUCAAACAGCAAGUUGGAUAUGACCAGUUGGGUGACAGGCCAGUGCCCAAGAGCGUCAUUGAUUUGGUCUUCUGCGUGCGUGACUCACUGGGCUUUCAUGCGGAGAACAUGCACCGGCAUCCCAGCCACUACUCGGCGCUGCAGCAUCUGGGUCCGAAUUUCGUAACCCAGUACCAGGAGCGGUUCGGAGCACGCGUGUACUUUAAUACGCUGGUCCCGUUGCAGGAUCUAGGCCUGACUAUCAAAUAUGGCGUUGUGUCGGAGCAACAUCUCAUUGAAGAUCUCGUUCAAUGGCGUCAUUUGUAUCUGGCUGGACGGCUGCAGAAACCAGUCACGGACUUAGUAAACCCCUCAGACAAUGUAACCCUGCAGGCGGCCCUUGAGCAGAAUCUAAUGUCGGCAUUUCAAACGGCACUGCUGCUUCUGCCCGAAAAGUUUACUGCCUUUGAGCUCUUCCACACCAUUGCCGGCUUGAGCUACAAAGGCGAUUUUCGUAUGAUUUUCGGGGAGAACAAGCAAAAGGUGCGGAAUAUAGUGCUGCCACAACUAAACGAAUUCAUGACGCUUUAUCAACACGCGAUGGGACAGUUAACGGAAUUUGUAGCUGUGGAUAUGCACGGUCAGGAGCCGGGCUCUCGUAAACCAACUGUAAUGUUCGAGCAGGACAAGUCCCGUAUGGCGGCACGUUUCCAUCUGCGUCGUCUACCAAAAGAACUACGUCGACGACUGCAACGGAAUGCCGCAUGCCACGGCGACUACGCUGAAGUAGUGGAGCAUUUAUCGAUGGCACCGCUAUUGUCCAAAAUAUUGCAAAUAUCGGUCAAUGACAUUGUAUGGCGAAGCAGUGUGACGCAAUCCUUGAAGAACAUUGCCAGCGCCGGCGUACUUAAGUCGUUAGUCUACAGCUAUCGCAAGGCCAAGAAAACAUUCGUCGUCUAGGAAUCUUUGACAAUUCUACGCACAAAUUAUAGUUAUAAUUAUUUAAUAGUGAUGCUGUGCAUCGUUCGCAUGCUGCCGUUUUACUGACUAAGUUGCGUAUUUGCGCAUCGUUUUGUUAAUUAAUUUUAAGUAAAGCAAAGUUGUUUCCGUCAAUAGA